AUGUUAUCAUCACAACGUCGUCAUAUACUACAUGUAUGUUGUUUUCUAAUAUUUAUUUUUAUAUUUGAAAUAAUGGCCGGUGGUAUAAUUUUAUUUCCAUCGUAUCAAAUAACUUCCACAUAUCUUACUGAUAAUCCAAUUGAAUAUUAUGGAUUAUUUUCAACGAUAAUUAUUUAUUUUAUACGUUUAUUAUCUUUAUUACCAUUACCAUUGGUUAUAUGUCAUACAUGUGGUUUAAUUUUCUAUAAUGUUUUUCCUGAUCGACCAACAUUACAAAAUUCACCAUUAUUAGGUCCAAAAAUACGUAUACGUGUUGUAACACGUGGUGAUUAUCCAGAUUUAGUACGUACAAAUGUUAAAAGAAAUUUAGAAACAUGUGCAAAAGUUGGUUUAAAUAAUUUUCAAAUUGAAAUUGUUACUGAUAAAUCAAUAAAUUUAAUCGGUUUACCAACAAGUAUGAUUCGUGAAAUUGUUGUGCCAAAUGAUUAUCGAACAAAAACAGGUGCAUUAUAUAAAUCGCGUGCAUUACAAUAUGCAUUAGAACCAGAUGUUAAUCAAUUAUCACCAGAUGAUUAUAUUGUACAUUUAGAUGAAGAAACAUUAUUAACAGAAAAUAGUGUACGUGGUAUAUUAAAUUUUGUUAAUGCAAAUGAAUAUGAUAUUGGACAAGGUUUAAUAACAUAUGCUAAUGAAACAAUUGUUAAUCAUAUAACAACAUUAGCUGAUAGUAUGCGUGUUGGUGUUGAUUUAGGAUGUUUAAGAUUUUGUUUAAAAAAAUUUCAUCAACCACCAUUUUUAUUUAAAGGAUCAUUUGUUGUAUGUCGAGCUCAAUGUGAAUUUGAAGUUACAUUUGAUAAUGGACGUUCUGGUUCAAUAGCUGAAGAUACAUAUUUUGCAAUGUUAGCUAUGUCAAAAAAUAAAAAAUUUGGUUGGAUUGAAGGUGAAAUGUGGGAAAAAAGUCCAUUUACAUUAACUGAUUUUAUUAAACAACGUAAACGAUGGUUACAAGGAAUUUUACUUGUUGUUCAUGAUACACGUUUACCUAUUCGAGUUCGAAUUGGAUUAGGCAUCGCAUUAUAUUCCUGGGUUACAUUACCACUAACUUCAUUAAAUGUGAUUCUUACUCCGCUCUGUCCUAUACCUUUACAUUGGACAUUAAAUUUUUUAAUUGGUUAUGUUGGAGCUGUUAAUAUUUAUUUAUAUAUAAUUGGCGCAAUUCGUUCAUUUUCAUUAGUACGUUUAGGUUAUGCACAAUUUGCACUUCGAAUAUGUGGCACAUUAGCAACAAUUCCAUUUGUUGUUGUAUGCGAAAUAACUGCAGUUCUUUGGGGUUUAUUUAGUGACAAAGGAAAAUUUUAUGUUGUUGAUAAACAAUUAGGAUCAAUGUGUGUUCUUGAUUUAGAACCUCAACCUAUUGUUUGUCAGAUGAUGUUUAUUGUUGCUUUAUCUACUAAUCAUAUAAAACGAUUUUUUUCUAUUGGUGUCUUUGUUCUGGCCUCGACUGGAGCUGCAUAUAUAAUAAAGGACGAUCAUUCAUCAUCGUCUGCUGCUGGUGGUACGAAAUCAAAAACAAGUUCAAUGAGUUCAUCAGAAGAAGUUUCGUGGAUUUCAUGGUUCUGUGGUCUUCGUGGGAAUGAAUUUUUUUGUGAAGUUGAUGAAGAUUAUAUACAAGAUAAAUUUAAUUUAACGGGUCUUAAUGAACAAGUGCCACAUUAUCGUCAAGCACUUGAUAUGAUUCUUGAUCUUGAACCUGAUGAUGAUCUUGAUAAUCAAGAUAAUCCAAAUCAAUCUGAUUUAAUUGAACAAGCUGCUGAAAUGCUUUAUGGUCUUAUCCAUGCACGUUAUAUAUUGACUAAUAAUGGUAUAGCACAAAUGCUUGAAAAAUUUCAAAAUGGUGAUUUUGGUCUUUGUCCUCGUAUUUAUUGUGACAAUCAACCAAUGUUACCGAUUGGUUUAUCAGAAGUUCCUGGUGAGGCCAUGGUUAAACUUUAUUGUCCUAAAUGCAUGGAUGUUUAUACACCAAAAAGUUCUCGACAUCAUCAUACAGAUGGUGCAUAUUUUAGUACAGGUUUUCCUCAUAUGUUAUUUAUGGUUCAUCCAGAAUAUCGACCAAAACGACCAACAAAUCAAUUUGUUGCACGACUUUAUGGCUUUAAAAUUCAUUCAAUGGCUUAUCAAUUACAAUAUCAAGCAGCAGCUAAUUUUAAACAAUCAAAUUCAACUUCAGUUAUUCCAAGUAGUGCUGGUGGGACAACAACAACUCGACCACUUAUUAAAGAUUAA